ACCUGCGCCCCAAUGUGCAGCUCCUCUGCACCCAGCUGUGUACUCGGCGUGCACCCUUUGAUGUCCCCCCACACGUGUUUGCUCCCCCAGAUUCUGGUGGGUGGUCUGGAGUACCCCCUGGGGACCCUGCACAUCUACUCGGACAGCGCGCUGACCCUGCCGGCCAUCAUUGGCAUCGGUGCCGGCGGCGGCGUGCUGCUCAUCGCCAUCAUCGCCGUGCUCAUCGCCUACAAGCGCAAGACGCGUGACGCCGACCGCACCCUCAAGCUGCUGCAGCUGCAGAUGGACAACCUGGAGUCCCGGGUGGCGCUGGAGUGCAAGGAAGCCUUCGCCGAGCUGCAGACCGACAUCCAGGAACUCACCAACGACAUGGAUGGGGUGAAGAUUCCCUUCCUGGAGUAUCGCGCCUACGCGAUGAGGGUCAUGUUCCCCGGCAUCGAGGAUCAUCCCGUCCUGAAGGAGCUGGACGUAAGACCACCGCACCGGGCUGGUUACGUGGCGCCGCGUUGGUGGUCCGUCGCCAACGGCGACGUACACCUGCAAACGCACCUACCUCCCGAGCCCCUGCAGCUGCUGCGCUUAAAGCCAUCCAGUAAAGGGAGUAAAUUAUACCCUUUUCUGUUUAAAGUUCCCUAAGCUCUCCUGCAGUAUACGCCUCUAAGCAUGUGAACAAGCUUCUCUCUCUUCUGCCCUCCUCCUUCUUCUUUCUGUCUUUUAAUUAAAACCUGAGGUGGAAUGAAAUCGCAAACCCCAUGUGGGCUCAGUGAGCCGCGCGC